AUGAAUUCAGAAACUCCCCAAGAAUACUCAGUCGACGAGGAAAUCCUUUACUUCUUCCGUAAGACCUCUGCGACUAAGUCAUCUUGUGAUGCUUAUGCACAGGAGCUCGUGGGGGGACCUGUCGUCCCCGUUACAGUCCAAGGUGUUUGCAGCUAUACCGUUUACGCGGGCCCUAAUCACGGGUUCGUGGUUCAGUUUCGGUUGCAAUCGCUAGGUUUGAACACCAAAAUGGCCACUCUAGCCCGUGACAUAUAUGGGUCAUUGGUUCCAACUGCCACUUUCCAUGGCCAGAUCGGAGAAGAGGGCGUCGAUGGGAAAGAGCCCCUCUCCGUCUAUGUGAUGAGCCGAGUAAAAGGCAUCAGUCACCUCGAUUUCAUCCUGGCUCAUAAUUUCCUGGAAGAUUCCCUCGAGUAUUGUACAUGGCGGGAAAACCUGGUGUCUGACAUUGCGGGAUUCCUUGGUUUGGCAUGGAAGAAUCCUCAAGAUGCUAACCCAUCAGAUCGAGAAGCCAUGUUUCGGAGAUACGAGAAGGACUUGCGCCAACUUCUCGCUGCUCUACCCAGUCGCUUCCUCCCCGUCAUCCAACAAUCCAUUGAUUCUCUGCCAGCUAUUUUCUCACUUCCCAUGGUCCUUGUUCAUAAGGACUUUGGUGUCAAUAAUGUUAUGGUUGACGCCGACGACAAUCAUCUAGUUGGAGUCAUUGACUGGGCUGAAGCUGAAAUCGGUCCUUUUGGGACGAAUCUGCACUCCCUCCAGCAAUUCAUGAGCAAAUAUCGCCUCCGUGUGGGCUGGAUUCGCCAUGCAAACUAUGAAACCUUAGACGGCAUCUUUUGGGACGCCCUGUCCACAAGUGCCGGAGGUCUCGAUCCCAAGACUAUUCAAACAAUCAAGGCGGCAAGAAUUGUUGGUCUUCUACGGUCCCGUGGAUUCACGAGUCGUCUUGCUAAUAAGCCGGAACCGGAGCCCAUCCGUGAUGAUGAAAGUGGAGCUUACGAGAUGCUGGGGCUAGAUGGCUUGCUUAUUAACCCAGCUACAAAGCUGGUGGACUGA